GACUGGCAGCCCUGUUUUAGGCAACCAUAUUUUUUCUGUCUACAAACCAAAACAGAAAUACCUACAUACAUAUACAUAGUAAUGGUUUAAUAAAUGCGGUUUUACGAAUUCAGUUUUCCAAUAUUUCAGUUUCCGUUUUAGUGUAAUUAUGAAACUAAUUAAGAACUGAAACCAUAUCAGGUGAUAAGGAGCAAUACUCAAACAAAGUAUCUACACCACACUUGCAAAUGGAGCAACAGCAACAAAAAAGCGCAGCUCACGUCUCUAAGUUGUUUGUCUGCACGGCUGUUGACUGUAAAGAUGAAAUCGAAGAGAAGUUCGAGCGAUCUUACGUUAGCCUGCAGCAACAAAUUGCGGGCCUCAGUGAUAAGGAAAUGCACGAUAUGCUCACACAAAUCGUUUGCAAGGAAAAACAGCAUGAGGAGAUAUCCAUUGGCUUUCUCUACAUUAUAUUAACUGAUCCGGCAAUGGCGCCAAAAACAUAUCGGGACAUAACUCUUGUGUCCAGGGAUGGCAUGAAUGUAAUUGUGGCAAAUCUCACCCUCUUAGUGGCUGAAAAGUACGCCAAACUAACGGAGACUGCUCGGAGACAAUUGAUCUGGGUGUUGCGUGAAUUUGUGAAGCACCAGGUUCUUAGUGUCGAAAAUGUGAUUUGGAAUUGUUUGCGUCAAGCCGGCGGCGGGGACGUCUCCCAUAAAAAUCUGUUUCUUGUGGAGAGCCUUUUGGAUAUUUUCAUAGAGUAUAGGGCGUGGCUGGAAGCCAUACCCUUCCUAGUACAGUCGUCGGUUUACAGUUUUGUACGCCUUAUAGAGGACCAUGCCAAUCCUGCCUUGAUGCCACUGCGUCAAAAAGAGGUUAAGUUUACAAUAUCAUUGAUUCGGGAUCGAUUUCAAGAUAUUAUACCAUUGGGAAGAGAUUUUGUACGGCUUUUACAAAAUGUUGCACGCAUUCCGGAAUUCGAACUGCUAUGGCGAGAUAUCUUAUGCAAUCCGAAAAGCUUACAUCCGACAUUUAACGGGAUUUGGCAUUUAUUACAAAUACGUACGAGUCGGCGAUUUUUACAAUGUCGUCUACUUCCUGAAAUGGAGCGUAAACUGCACUUUUUGGCUUCGUCUGUCAAAUUUGGCAAUCAGAAGCGCUACCAGGAUUGGUUUCAGGACAAAUAUUUUGCUACGCCUGAGUCGCACAGCUUGCGGUCUGACCUGAUUCGCUUUAUAAUAAACGUAAUUCAUCCCACAAAUGACAUGUUAUGCUCCGAUAUUAUCCCGCGUUGGGCAAUUAUUGGCUGGCUUAUCUCAUCAUGUACAAACCCGAUUGCAUCGGCUAAUGCCAAGCUGUCACUAUUUUACGAUUGGCUCUUCUUCGAUCCGGCAAAGGAUAACAUCAUGAAUAUUGAGCCCGGCAUUUUAGUGAUGUACCACUCUAUACGGAAUCAUCCCUUUGUCAGCAGCACACUGCUGGACUUUUUGUGCCGCAUCACAAAGAACUUUUACAUAAAGAACGAGGACAAAAUCAGAUUGGGUGUAUAUAAUUCAUUAAAACUGAUACUCGAUAAACAGGUCAUUCCAAACUUACACCCGCUAUUUGAAUCGCCGAAACUUGACAGAGAAUUGCGCAACCUAAUACGGGAAAACUUUAGGGAAUUUGUAUCCCCCGUUGCAAAUAUGCCACAAUCUAUAUAUCCGGCAACACAUUCAAUCCAGGCACCAAUAUUUAAAAAAGAAGCUGAUCAACGGAUGCUGCAAAGUGAAAACAUUGACGUUGGCAGCGGAGCAUUCGCGGCAAAUAGUGGCACCAUUUCACUUGUGGACGACGAUAACAAAAUAGCUAUAACACCUGUUGAAAGUUCGGAACGUGAAACUGAAGCUGUAUUUAGUGAUGACGAUGGUGAAAACAUUGCAAGAUGUAACAAAAAUGAUGAAAAUACGGAUGACGACGAUGACCUACCACUGUCAAAAGUUCGUCUUAAGGAAAAGCCAGUUCCCGAAAAAGUAGAGUUGCCCGACGCGAUAGCCGAAUCGUUUGAGAUAUUUGUUACAAAACGCAACUCUUUUACAUGGGAAGCAUUUUUGAAAGAUUUUCGUACUCUACCUGCCUCAACAUUGGACGAAACGCAGCUCAAUUAUGUGAUCUCAAACACGGUUUUGAUACUCCGUGAAACAUUGCCACAACAAAACGUAUUUUCAGAGAGUAAAACCGAGGAGAAGUAUUUGGCUAAGAGCAUUAGCUAUCCGCUGUACGGUCUAUUUCGCUUUCUGUAUGAGAAUGAAGACAAAAGCAAAAAGCCCUUUCAAACCCUACUAUCUGAAAUAUGUGAGCGGUUGAGUGAAACGGGCUAUCUACUUCUCUACUUCAUGAAGAUACAUUGCAAGCUGCAGACGCGAAAGAAUGCCCAGCAAUCGUAUCAGUUUAAGACGACUGUUUAUAGACAAAUAUGCGAGGCUACGGAUGAAAAGAUUGGCAUUUGUCUGGUGCGAGACCUUGAUUUACUUGAAAAGGAAAAUACCACAAUAUAUUUGUGGCUGCUGCCUGAUAUUUAUAGAGAGUUCAAAACAAUAGCCAUUAAUAAUACGGACCUUUUGAGAAUAACUCUACGCUGCGUUGACGCAAAAAACGUACGUGACAUUAUGUAUUCAAUUGCACAGGGCAAACUGACAAUAUUCAAGCAAGACGGUCUGAUUGAUUGCAUACGGGAAAGCCUCGAGUAUGAGACAUACGAACAGUUUUGCCUAUGGCAACUUAUUCAGGCCCAUGAUGUACCUCUAAAGUGUAUACAGGAUAUACUUCCAGAACUAGAAGCUGCUAAUCAUCCCGAAGCGCUAAGUCAUUUGCUGCUGCUGUUGAAAAAUGAGGAGCCAACAAGUGAAAUAAUUAGACUUUUGCUCAGUAGGGAAGCGAAAACCAGAGGGGAUCCGUUCGUCACGUCUGCCUUAAGAUUUUGGUGUCAACGUUGUGAAGAAAAACUUUCCGAAAUUAUCGCAUCCCUGCUUACAUCAAAAUAUCCUAGUUCAUCGCCCAACAAGAGGAAGCGACCGUCUAAAGGUAGCUCCGCUGCAAGCAGUACGCCAUCUGCUGAUCACGUAUUAAAUCAUCUUGAACAUUAUAGAAGGAGUUGUAGGCAUGGAACUGGCACCGGGCUCUAUGUUCAUGAUAUGAUGCAGCGAGCCCUACAAUCAGCGUAUUCACAUAGCAAUGAAAGCACAAAGAAACAGUUCAGUGAUCUUUUCGCCUUGGCAGCGGAAGAUGAGACCACUGCUGUGGGUCGUCGAGGUGGUAGUGGACGCGGUCGAAAGCAACCAGUUGGUAAAAAGGACUCAAAUAACCAUAAUGCGGGCAGCAAGAAAAAUUCGGAUGUUGUGAAAACAAUAUACUCGUCUGAUGAGAACUCUAGUGAGGAGGAUUGGUCAAAGCAUAAAAUUACACAGGCAGCAAAGAAAAGAAAAAAAGCUAUAAACGAUUCCGACUGACAGUGUCAACGUCAAUUGCCGCCCUCAGUCUUAACCGGUUCCUUUGAUGAUGAAAAUUAUACAAGAAAUGAAUAUGAGUUUUUGAACGAAAUUACUUAAGUUUAAAAUGGUUUAA